AAUUUUUAAAUAUUACUUGAUGUUACAUAUAAUUCCUUAUUAAAUAUAAAAAAUAAUGUCAAAUACAAUAAGUGGAAAAAAUUUGUUACGACCUACUGGAUUGCAAUGUAAAAAUCUUCAAGAAUAUUUAAAAUCACGUCCAUCAGAAGUAUUAAACAAAUUAUAUCAUAAUCCUCCAAUUUGUUUGGCUGUUUUUCGUGAAUUGCCAGUAAUAGCAAAACAUUAUGUUAUGCGAUUAUUAUUUGUCGAACAACCUGUUCCUCAAGCAGUUAUUGCUUCUUGGUGUUCCAAGCUUCAUUUUGAAGAACAUCAAAAAGUAGUUCUAAUACUUAAUGAAUUAAAUGUAUGGAAUGAAGCAUCAAUACCUGGUGGACUUCCUGGAUGGAUUUUAAAUACAACAUUUAAAAAAAAUUUAAAAAUUGUUCUUUUGGGUGGUGGAAAACCAUGGACAAUGUCAAACCAAUUAGAAACUGAUAGUAAACCUAGGGAUGUUGCAUUUUUAGAUUCAUAUGCACUAGAAAGAUGGGAAUGUGUAUUACAUUAUAUGGUUGGUUCACAGCAACAAGAAGGUAUAUCUGCUGAUGCUGUUAGAAUUCUUUUACAUGCUGGAUUAAUGAAACGAGAUGAAGCUGAUGGAAGUCCAGUUAUUACACAAGCAGGUUUUCAAUUUUUAUUAUUGGAAACUGCAUCACAGGUGUGGUAUUUUAUUUUACAAUAUUUAGAUACAAUAGAAGCAAGAGGACUUGACUUAGUUGAAUGUCUUACUUUUUUAUUCCAAUUAAAUUUUUCAACACUUGGUAAAGAUUAUAGUACUGAAGGAAUGUCUGAAGGUUUAUUAACAUUUUUGCAACAUUUAAGAGAAUUUGGUCUUGUUUAUCAACGAAAACGAAAAGCAGGAAGAUUUUAUCCUACAAGAUUAGCACUAAAUAUUGCAACUGGACAAAACAAACCAUUAUCUAGAGAUCCAGAGAAGGAAGGUUAUAUUGUUGUUGAAACAAAUUAUAGAGUAUAUGCUUAUACAAAUUCAAAUUUACAAGUUGCUUUACUUGGUUUAUUUUGUGAAAUGUUAUAUAGAUUUCCAAACUUAGUUGUAUCAAUACUAACCAGAGAUUCUGUACGUCAAGCCUUAAAAAGUGGAAUUACUGCUACACAAAUUGUUGGUUAUUUGCAGCAACAUGCUCACAGUAAAAUGAUAGAGGCAGGUCCUCCAAUUUUACCUCCUACUAUAGUAGAUCAAAUUAAAUUGUGGGAAAAUGAAAGAAAUAGAUUUAUAUUUAGUGAAGGAGUCUUGUACAGUCAAUUUCUUUCUCAAACUGAUUUUGAAGUACUUAGAGAUCAUGCUCUUUCUACUGGAGUAUUAAUUUGGCAAAGUGAAAGAAAACGGACAAUGGUAGUUACAAAAGCAGGACAUGAUGAUGUAAAAAAAUUUUGGAAACGAUAUUCUAAAGGUUCCAGUUAAUAUAGUAAGAAUAACAUUAGAAAGCAAUUACAUUUAUUCAUAAAUAACAAAUUUAUAGUAAAAUUUUAUCUUGAAUUAUAA